AUGCCGGGCGUAAACGAGGCGGAAACAAUCCGCAUUCUCAUCUCGACCGACAAUCAUGUUGGGUACAACGAGCGAGACCCCAUCCGGGGAGAUGACAGCUGGAAGACCUUCCACGAAAUCAUGUGUAUGGCCAAAGAACAAGAUGUCGACAUGGUGUUGCUCGCCGGUGAUCUUUUCCAUGAGAAUAAGCCCUCCAGGAAAUCCAUGUAUCAAGUGAUGCGCUCCAUUCGCAUGAACUGCUUCGGUGAUAAACCAUGUGAAUUGGAGAUGCUCAGCGAUGCCAGUGAGAACUUCCAGGGCGCGUUUAACCACGUUAACUAUGAGGACCUGGAUAUGAAUAUUGCCAUUCCCAUCUUCUCAAUUCACGGAAACCACGACGACCCGUCCGGAGAAGGCCACCUUGCCGCCCUGGACCUCCUCCAGGUGUCUGGCCUUCUCAAUUACUACGGUCGGACCCCAGAGUCUGAUAAUAUCGAAAUCAAACCGGUUCUCCUCCAAAAAGGCCGAACCAAGCUUGCACUCUAUGGAAUGAGUAAUGUUCGGGACGAGCGCCUGUUUCGAACUUUCCGCGAUGGAAAAGUCAAAUUCUUUAAGCCUUCAGUCCAGAAAGACGACUGGUUCAACCUGAUGUCGGUGCAUCAAAACCAUCACGCAUACACUGAGACAGGGUACCUACCGGAGAAAUUUCUUCCGGAUUUCAUGGAUAUGGUAAUCUGGGGCCAUGAGCAUGAAUGCUUGAUCCACCCUAAGCAAAACCCCGAAACAAAAUUCCACGUUAUUCAGCCUGGUUCGUCAGUCGCAACAUCCUUGGUACCAGGUGAGGCAGUGACAAAGCAAGUCACUAUUAUGAGCGUCACGGGGCGAGAGUUCUCGUGUGAACCCAUUCGGCUCAAAUCAGUCCGACCCUUUGUUAUGCGAGAGAUUGUGCUGUCCGAGGAAAAGGGCGCUCAGAAGCUAGCCCGCAAGGAAGACAAUCGAACCGAAGUCACCCGCUUCCUAAUGUCAAUCAUCGAAGAAUUAAUCGAGGAAGCAAAUGCAGAGUGGCUUGAAAACCACCCUCAAAAUGAAGAUGAGGAGGAGGACCAGCCGGAGAUUCCGCUCCCUCUUGUUCGGCUUCGCGUAGAGAUCUCCACCCCGGAGGGCGGAAGCUACGAGUGUGAGAAUCCACAACGAUUUUCGAAUCGGUUUGUCGGUAAAGUUGCCAAUGUUAAUGACGUGGUGCAAUUUCACCGCAAGAAAAAGAAUCCAACUGCUUCCCGCAAAGGUGACGCAGGACUCGACGAGGCGCCGACUUCACACCUAACAGCGCUAGAUACAGUCAAAGUCGAGCAAUUAGUCAAGGAAUUUCUUGCAUCUCAAUCACUCAGCAUCCUUCCUCAGAACACUUUUGGAGAUGCCGUGGCUCAGUUCAUCGACAAGGAUGACAAACAUGCGAUGGAAAUGUUUGUCAACGACUCACUAGAAAGCCAGGUCAAGCAUUUGAUGACUCUCACCCGCAAUGAAGAUGAUAUGGAUGAGGAAGACCCCGAACAGAGCUCCUUAGUCACAGCCAUGGAGAAAUAUCGCACGCAAAUGGAAGACUUAUUUUCCAAGGGAGUUAAAAAACGCACUCGUGGCAAGAAACGCUUCAAGCCCAAGCCAGAUGGCUGGGACUCCGAGUUCGACGGUACAUGGGAAGAUCAACCAGGUGCCCUUAUCCAUUCAGAUAAUGAAGGCGGCGACCCCGCCGAAGAAGAGGAUGGGGAGGGUGGCGCAACGCCAGCUGGUAGUCGCCCCUCGGCUACAACCUCCACACGCGGCCGUGGCAGAGGACGUGGUCGUGGGCGUGGUGCAUCUACCACUGCGCGAGGGGCUGCCAAGGCAGCAGCUGCACCCAAAGGACGGAAGAAGCAGGUGGUGUCUGAUGAAGAGUCGGAGGUUGAUAAUGAUGUGAUUAUGCUUGAAGACGAGGAGGAUUUUGCCGCUGAUGUAAUUUCGGACGACGAUGAUUCCCAGGCGUUACUACCACGACCCGAGGUCGUGGGGCUCGAACGGCGGCCUCACCAGCCCCCCUCGUCAGUUACCGUCAGUGCCACUGCUACUCGCCGAACUACUGCAAGAACUGCGAAACCCACUCAACAAACACUUGACUUUGGUUCUCAGGCCAGUUCCGCCCGCUCUUCAAGACCUAAGCGUGCGACGCGUAGCGUCAGCAUCGUUAGUGACGAUGAUGACGAUGACGACGCAUUUGAACCUGUUGAGGCCUCAAGCUCACGACGACGACGUUGA